AUGGCGUCAUCUUAUUCAAAUACAACCAAGCGGAAAGGGUUAGAGAAGUCCAUAUCUCCUCCACCCUUAAAGCGCAAAACCCAAAGUAACAUAUCAAAGAAUGCCGUGGCUAGUUUCUUCACCCCGACGUCCCAGAAACCAAAGGACCGGACGACCUGGACCGAGCGCGCUCCCGACGGUAGUGAUUCGCCGCCUACUUUACUUGUUGGUCGUUACGAGCCUGAGAAGAUAGAAGAGUCCGAUCGAAGAAAGAGAAGGAAGAUAGUCGCGUUCGAUAUGGAUUCGACCCUGAUCACCACGGUAUCAGGCAAGAAAUUUACAGACGAUCCUAGCGAUUGGAAAUGGUGGGACCCUAGCGUGCCGUCCCGGUUACGAGAACUAUACGCAGAAGAAGACUGCCGAGUGGUGAUUCUCAGCAACCAAGGCGGGCUAACGUUGCACCCGGAUCCAAAGUCUAAAGCUCCGAAGGCUGGUAGUAAGGUCAAAGUCGACAAGUUUAAGCAGAAGUGUAGCGCAGUGCUUGCCCAACUCGAUUUGCCUACUACUGUAUACGCUGCUACCGGCUACGACAGCUUUCGCAAGCCACGCACUGGCAUGUGGUCAGAAGUUUGUCGAGAUUACGGCCUAUGCGAGGACGAGAUUGACCUUGGGAGCAGCAUUUUUGUGGGCGACGCAGGUGGCCGGACGGCGCAGCUGAAAUCUGGUGGAAAGGGCGUGGCCGCUGCGAAGGAUUUUAGUUGUUCGGACCGUAACUUCGCGCAUAACGUUGGCAUUACCUACGUGACGCCUGAAGAGUUCUUCCUUGGUGAGCCACCACGGGAAUUCGCGAGAGACUUUGACCUAGCCUCUUUCCCAUAUCCCGAGGCGGAGACGGAAGAUAGCAAUAGAGAUGAGAGCAGUGAGGUUUUGUUCGAGAAGACUAAUAAACAGGAUAUUGUACUGUUCUGUGGACCGCCUGGCGCUGGCAAAAGUACAUUCUACUGGCGGAAUUUGAAGCCGCUGGGCUAUGAGCGUGUGAAUCAGGAUACGCUGAAGACCCGGGCCAAGUGCUUCAAGGCCGCCGGAGAGUUCCUGGGCGAAGGGAACUCAAUAGUCAUUGACAACACAAACGCCGACGCGGACGGCAGAAAAGAAUGGAUCGAAUUCGCGCGCAAAAAUAGCAUGCCUAUUCGCUGCGUCUGGUUUAAAGUGCCUAAGGCGCUGUGCGAGCAUAACGACGUCGUCCGGGCUCUCAACAAGCCGAUGAACCCAGAAGCCCGCACGGCGCUUCCAGGCCUCGCAUUCAAUGGAUACUUCUCUCGUUUCAAGGAACCGAAAGCCAAGGAAGGGUUUCAAGAUGUAGUUGAGAUUGAUUUCAAGUUCCGCGGCACCAAAGAGGAAUAUGCUAUUUGGGGGCGUUACUGGCGAUGA